AUGGCUAAGACCCGAGGAGGCUCUACCUCAGCUCCCCAGAGCAGUCAUAGAGCUGCCUCUGUGCGGGCCCCGCUGGAUGCACCCCCAUAUUUACCUGAUUUUUCCCCCCAGAGCAGAUACUAUACGAGGAGAACAGCUGCCACACCUGUGGCCCCUACUCAGAUUCCAGCUAGGCGUCCUCCUACAAAGAAGGCCAAGACUUCAGAGCCAGGAGAGUCCUCCAGAGCAGCUCGAGAUUCCCAGUCUCAGCCUCUUCCCACCAGACGCCCUAUCCUCGCCAGCUCGCCCAUUGAGGGUAACUCAGAUUACCGAGCGAGAGCAUUCCAUGAGAAGGCAUAUUUUGAUCACUAUGUUUUGCGACAACAGCCUGAGUUGGGGGAUUCAUACCGCCUACUUGAGAGACAGAUUGCUGAGGCCUCCCAUAUCCCUUAUGCACCAGCAGAUCUAGCUGCAUUUAGACGUUGGGCCCCACUUUCUGAGUGGGACAUGCAUUCCCUAGAACUUCCCGAGCCAAGGGAAAUUCCUCCACAACCCUUACCAUCUAUAUUUGCUCCGUCCACUUCAACUCUUUCGGAGUCCGUACCAGAGGCAGCAUCGUCUGAUGCCCCACCUGCUAUUCCUCCUACCCCAGAGCCGCCCAUUACUAUCCCUAGUGCAGAGUAUCGUGACUUGAUCGCUUCUUUCCAGACUCUGACCACUACUCAGAAGGCCAUUAUGGAGAGGAUGGACCACUUCCAGCUUCGGCAGGACCAGCAGACUCUCAUUCUCCAGCCUUUUGCUUCAGCUGAUGAUUUUGAUCCAGCUGAUGAUGCUACACCUGUAGCAGUACCUUCCACACCACCUCCCUUCAUUUCGGCCAUGGCAAAGACCAGAGGAGGCCUUUCCGCCUCCCCAUCAUCACCGACGCCUCGACCACAGCAAGCCACCAUGGGAGGCGCCGCUUCGCCACCUGUUCAGGCCCCGGCCAUUUCCCCAUCUGAGAGGGGAACCCCUUCUCAGCGCUGA